AUGGCGCUGGUGGGCCCCAAGGGCGCACCCAGCACGCAGCGACUCCGGCGUGAGCAGACGCAUGUGAAGGUGGCCUCUCUCCUUGCUCCUCCUCUCUUUCCCUCGCCGGUGCCCAGCGUCGAUCUGUGCGUGUGUUCGAACAAUCGCUCAGGGUCAAAGAUGCAGCUGUCACCUAAUCUGCAAGUUCAAUGCAAAAGUCUUGAGAAGUCUAGACAAGCUAGAUCAGCAGCGGCGAUCACGUUAUCUUCAGUUUGUUCCUACUACAAAGUUAAAUUAGUAUAUGUAUUACUAUAUGCAUAUAAUGGGGUAUCAUUUAGUGGUUCACAAUCAUCGCUCUCAUGUCUGCCUUGUUCCCAGCCUGUAGCAUUUGAGCUUGAUGUUCCUCCAGAGGACAUCAUUGUAGACCUCAUCAGUGCAAAUCAUCUGCUCUUUGCCAUUUCGGGGGAGUACACUGGAUUUCUUGCCACAGAGGCCACUUCACACAGUGGGGGUAAAGUUGUGAUGAUUUCGUUCUAG